UCUGUACAAGGAGGCCAUGAUGGAGGAGCACCAGCCUCUUAUAUCACAAGAAAAUUCCUAUAAGAAUUCUGAGGGAAACGUCUUGUUGUCACCAAAUUAUAAAGCAGAAGAUGAAGACAUCAUGCAGUGCUCUUCAGGAGAAAAUCUUAAUGUACAUCCAGGACUUCACAGUACAGACCUAUCAUAUAAUCCCCCUGUUCAUGAGGAAUCAUCUGACCAAUCACAGUUUGCUACCACAAGUGCUGGUCAGAAAGGGUGUGAAAGGUUUCAAGAGAUCACAAAAAGAUCAAAUCUUUCUACAGACAGAAGAAUUCGCACACGGGAGAAGCUGUAUUCAUGCCCAAAAUGUGGGAAAUAUUUUGCAUAUAAAUCAUCUCUUGUUCGACAUGAGAGAAGUCACACAGGAGAGAAGCCAUAUUCAUGUUCAGAACGUGGGAAACGUUUUAGUGAGAUCUCAGCUCUUAAUAGACAUAAGAGAUUUCAUACAGGAAAGAAACUGUAUUCAUGUUUAGAAUGUGGGAAAUGGUUUACACAGAAAGCAAUUCUUGAUCGACAUGAGAGAAUUCACACAGGAGAGAAGCCGUAUUCAUGUUCAGAAUGUGGGAAAUGUUUUACACAGAAAUCAGGUCUUGAUGCACAUCAGAGAAGUCACAGAGGAGAGAAGCCGUAUUCAUGUUCAGAAUGUGGGAAAUGUUUUACAGAAAAAGUCAAUCUUUUUGCACAUAAGAGAAGUCACGGAGAAAAGCUGUAUUCAUGUUCAGAAUGUGGGAAACGUUUUACACUUAGACAAACUCUUGUUAAACAUGCGCUACGUCACACAGUAGAGAAGCCAAAUUCAUGUUCAGAAUGUGGGAAAUAUUUUACAGAUAAAUCAGAGCUUGAUAGACAUGAGAGAUGUCACAUAGGAGAGAAGCCGAAUUCAUGUUUAGAAUGUGGGAAAUGUUUUGCAAAGAAACGUUAUCUUAUUAGCCAUGUGAAAAUUCAUACAGGAAAGAAGCCGUAUUCAUGUUCAGAAUGUGAGCAAUGUUUUACGCAAAAAUCGGAUCUUGAUAGUCAUGAGAGAAGUCACAGAAGAGUAAGGAUACGAUCACAAUUCCAGAAUUUAGACUUUGAUUUCGAUUCCAAUUAACACCUUAACGACCCUGGAUGAUAAUGCUCGUCCUAACUUGCAGGUACUUCAGGCACUAGGAUGAGCAUUCUCGUCCUAAGGUUAAUGCGCUGCCCCACAUGCCCUGCCGCGAUCAGCAGCAGGGGCCCUGCUGUAUCUGCCAGCAUCGGUGAAAACAGCGAUACCAGCGGAAUAACCCCCUUUAUGCAGCGGUCACGCUGACCGCAGCAUACAGGGGGUUUGCGGCAGCUUGUACAUCCCCUUCAGGUCCCCCGUGCUGCGGUGACGGG